AGUGGUGGAGCUCGACUGAGAGGCAGGAGAAGGAACAUGACUGCUGUGAUGCUGCUCGUCCUGUCACCACACCUCCUCCCGUCCCUGAGCGCCGUCAGGCCUGAUCCCGAGGCGCCCCCUGGUGGCGGCGAGCGGCCACUGCGGCUGCGCAAUAGCCGGAGAUGAUAUCGAGCGUGUUCCGCGUCCAACAUGGCAACCAGGUGGGGGAUCUGCGGCGCGGGGAAGAUCAGUCACGACUUCGCCGUGGCUCUGAAAACUCUUCCGGCUGAGGAGCACCAGGUUGUGGCCGUGGCAGCUCGUAAGUUGAAGGAUGCACAGGAGUUUGCUCAAAGGCACAACAUCCCCCGAGCGUACGGCGGCUACGAGGAGCUGGCCAGAGAUCCUGCCAUCGAUGUGGUGUAUGUCGGAGUUAUUCAGCCCCAUCAUCUGAGCGCUUGUCUGCUCUUUACCAACGCUAAGAAGAAUGUGCUGUGUGAGAAGCCGCUGGCCAUGAACACUAAGGAGGUCCAGCAGAUCCUGGCGUCAGCCAAGAUGAAUGAUGUCUUCUUCAUGGAGGCUGUCUGGACUCGCUUCUUCCCGGCAUCCAUUGAGAUCAGAAGGCUUCUGGCCCAGGAGGAGUUGGGUGAGGUGAAGAUGGUGAGAGCGGAGUUUGGCUUCCCGCUGACGCAUGUACAAAGAUCCGUGGAGAAGGAGCUGGGCGGAGGAGCGCUCCUGGACCUUGGCAUCUACUGUAUUCAGCUGAUAUCCAUGGUGUACAACGGGGAAAAGCCGGAGUGCAUCCAGGCCACAGGAGUCUGUCUGGAGACGGGAGUGGACGAGACCGUGGUCGCUACUCUGAAGUAUUCCAAGGACAGACUGGCCGUGUUGACCUGCUCGUUGCGUAUGGAGCUCCCCAACGACGCCGUCAUUGUGGGCACGAAGGGAACGAUCAGAGUCCCUUCCACGAUGUGGUGCCCCACAUCAUUAGUGGUGAACGGGAAGGAGACUCAGUAUCCUCUGCCUGAACCCUGUUUGCCUCUAAACUUCACCAACAGCACAGGGAUGCGCUAUGAAGCAGAGGAGGUGCGACAGUGUCUGUUGAAAGGGCUGAAGCAGAGUGCCGUCAUGUCCCACGCUGACUCUCUGCUGCUGGCUGAGGUGGAGGAUGAGAUUCGUAGACAGGUGGGGGUGGUGUACAGCCAGGACUGCCAAUAAAUGUAAACGUACGCUUCCCUGGUUCAGUGGACAAAGUCCAGAAUAAUAAAGAGUACAGUUUCUCCUGA